AUGAAACUACCGGGGUUCCUUCGGGCAUACCGGGGGGCAUAUAGCCUCCCGGAAGGGGAGGACGCUGACUGGAAUACUUACACGAUUUUUCCGGCGCAGUCAUCAGUCGCAGCGAAUGUCGUUCGAAGGUUUGAACGAGGCAUCCGUUUGGCAUUAGGUGGGGCAUUGGUGUAUGUUCUGUCCAUGAUUGAUAUCCCCUCGUUAGAUUACUCUUUUAGAUAUGUUGCUCCGUUCGUCUACUGGGUCGUUGCCGCUCUCACACCGCCGUUCUGGAGCACGAUCCCGCUCUUGGUAUUUGCUGGGUUAUUUUGCAUCGUCUGCGUCUGUGGGUGUGUAAGCGCACUGUUGAGCUUGAUGACGCUGGGCGAUCCACAGGGGAAGAUCGCAUCCGUGAUAAUGUACGGCGUGUUCAUGGCAUGGGCGCUGGGCUUGAAUGUUGGCAAGAAAAAAGAGAUGACCAUCAUUGGCUCGUACAUUUUGAUGUACGUCAUGCCGCUUGCAUCGCUUAUCGCCCUACCCUACGCCGUGGGGGGAGUGUCGAUCCCUAUUAGCCCGGAGAUGAUCGAUCAGAUGAAAGGCGUCCUCGAAAGCGCGUCUCCGAAGGUCAUGCAACUGCUUGUCCACGCACUGGCUGCAUACUUUGGGGAAGACCCCGCGGUAUUGCAGGCCUUCGUCACCAAGUUUUUUUCUGAUCCGAGGUUCGUUAAUCUGAUCAUUCUGAAAAUUAACACACAGACGCACGCCGGGCUGCCUCUCUUCCCGUGGACCCAAAAGCUUGACCCCGUCGUCGUCAUGCAAACGUUAAUUAAAGCACUCUUCACUCUCUUCCCCGGGGACAAAGUCCUCGACUUCCAUUUCAAAAUAGAAAACCUCGACAAACUUGACACGGAUUUCGGCUGGCUCCAGGGCGCACCGUGCAGUGUGUACGGCACGCUCAAUUCAGGCAUCCUCGUGUCUGUGGAGACGGGCCUUUGGUUGGUCAAGGUUCUCUGGACUGCUGAGGGACGACUGGGCUUCCUCCGCAAUCUCCUAGCAUUUGCCUGUCUAGGGUAUUCCAUAUGGGUCCUCGUAAUGAUUACUCCGCCGAUUCAUCGACAGCGUGAUGUCGUCCGGCGCGAUAUGGCAGACUGUACCAUCAACAUCAACAGAUGCCUUCGCGCGACCCGGGAGGUGCUUCACUGCCUGGAAGGGACUCGCGGAAUGGACAAAACUGGUAGAGGGCGGGAGUCCGGUUCGUCGCUGCCGGGCUCCCCAUGCGACCGUGACGCCCGAACGAGCCUACGGGGGGGCGCGAGAGGGAGUAACAACAACGCCCGUGGAGGCGGCAUGCACAAGCAGGGCUCGCGCCCGAUGGAUCAAGACUUAGAAGCCGGUCGAAUGUACAUACCCUCGUCUCCUGCGCGAAGGGGGCAGUCGAGCUCGUCGUACAUCAAGGCGCUCUCCUUCUCAUCAGCGAAAUUCGUCGAGGCCGCAGUACCGCUGAAGCAGUCUAUCAUCAAACUGCAUGAGGAUCAGAAACGGGUACUGAUGUCCGGAAUGGAGCCGUAUUUGAUCAGUGCGGGUCCGAUGGUGUUUGUAGUAAGAGAAGUAAACGAGGUCCGCGAGCGGCUUCUGCAGUGCUCGGCAUACGUGCAGCAGCUCUGCAGGGUUCUCUUCGAUGUGGUCCGGAGCAGUGUUGUCAAUAGUGAAUUUUCCAUUUGGACGCCGACGAUGUACAAGAUUGAAGCAAUCAUCGCGAAGGCUGAAGAAGUAUACCAGACGUGCGGAGAACUGAUCAUGAUGCAGCCGGCGAGGGUAUUCCGUAAGAAGCACCACGCAACUGUGGACGGGAAACUCGCACACCUGAAGCGGUUGGAGCUGGAGCUGGCGGCCCUUCACAAGGAAAUCAACGAGCUUGCGAACGAAGCGACCGACAAAGUAUUCCACGAAUUCGGGGAUCCGUAUUCGGCCACCGACGAGGAGUCGUCAAGCCGAGCUCCGUCACCGAGGGCAGAUCCGCUGGUCGACGAUCGGACGCCCUCGCCUCUGAACGCAGCGGGACCGGUGGAGACACGGGACACUGAAGCCGGUAGUCCCGGCGCGAGGCUUUCCCAGCCUGAAGGGCAGUUCGGGGCGGUGCCGCCAGCUGCGUCCGGAACUUGUCUCGGAGCCUCGAAAGAAGGCUCGCAGGUCUCUGGACGGCAAUCUCAACUGUUUUCUCAGUCCAACUCAGCAGACACGGCAUGGAAGCAGCAAGGUGAGGGCGAAGCCACUGGAGCAGUUGUCGACAGCGAAGGUGGCUUGGUCGAAAUGGCGUCACUAAAGAAGAACGAGAGUCUAGCAGAGGAAGAGGGAGCUGAUCCUACGCGGGCGGCGAAGGCGCGGCGGAGCCCGUCUCAUAUGCACCUCAGGUACGAGGCGAAGGCGCAGCACCCUUUGGCUUCUCUGGACCAGAAGGAGGCCAGAAACGUCAGUAAAACAAUGGAUCACAUGCCGCUCUCUAUGGCACUUGUCGCUAAGUUUCAUGCGACAUACAAAGAGCCAGUUGCUCUGGUGAAGGCGGUCGAGGCUUUGCACGUGGCGCAGCGGCGCAGAUCGUGGAAAAACCUGAUGAUGAACUUGGCGUUUCCGCUACUCCCGAUGCUGGUGCAUGCUGGACGAUUGACGGUUACGCCUUUCCAGCAGCUCCUGUUUUGGCGCAAGAAAUGGCGAGGCCCGGAUGCGUGGUGGCGGGAUCCAGAAUUCUGGUAUCUCGUAAAGUACUUCGUUCCCUUGAUGCUACUUUUCUCCUUCGCAGUCUUCUACAAAGAUUUCUCCCAGUACACGUGGGGUCAGCAACUCGCAACAGAUCCCAACAUCCUCGAUUUCUGCACUCAGGGCAUCACGACACGAGCAGUGCCAUGGAUAAUGCUAGGCUUCCUCACUUGUCUGCAGCCGACAUAUAACGGGACGGUCUUCCGGGGUCUGAAUCGUAUGAUCGGUAUUCUCUUUGGGUCCGGUACCGCGUGGAUCGUCAUGUACGUUUGCGGUCAUAGCGUGGCGAAGAUCGUGUGUUUCAGCAGUUGUCUGCUUUUCCUCGAUAUCUUCCUGACGACUGACUGGAAAAAUCCGAACUACGGAUUCCAUUCAGUUUGGGGCUAUGCCGGCAUGGUCUUCACCUACACCCACGCUCUUAUCAUUGGCCUUGCUUUCGAGUCUCUAGGCGGCCUGACUGGAUCGCGAGACUAUCUUACGGUGACGCGCAUUGUCUCCAAUCUGCUCGGCAUUUUGCUUGCCCUGGUGGUGGCGCAUAUACCACCGGUAUGCAGCGGAAACAAUGCCGCGUCAGAACUCUACGGUGAUUCGCUAAAGUGCUGCGCACUUGCCGUGGAUAAGGCCGUUCAGUAUUUGCUGGAGGCUUCGGACCACGCAAAUUCCGCAACGAAGGGUCGUUCCAGUUCGCAUUUGCUUCCCUGUGGUUCAAGCAGAGUGGCUGGUUCCCAGCAGGCGGGAGCCGUUGCCCCGUCUGAUUCUCGCAGUAGUGCCUAUUUCGGCACGAAGGCUCACGCUGCAGCUGCAGGUGCAGUGACUGUCGCUGCUGCAGCACAAAAUACUGUCCCUCUUAUCAACGCGGAUGCGGCAGACGAGCGCUCAGCCCUGGCGUCGUCAGGUGGUGCAAAUAGUGCAGGGAGCCGACCCAAGGGCGCUAGCACCUGCGACACGGGGAAACGGUUGGACAGUGUUCAGACACGUGUCGGCGACGAAAGCGAUACAGGCGGUGCAGCAGCGACGGAUGAUAAAGAUGUUCCCGAGGAUUCCCUGCAGGAGGCUUUGAGAAUCCUCAGAGGACCAGCAGCCGAGUAUCUGGAUGCGGGGCAGCGUUUUUACAAGGAGGGGUGCAACCAGUUGUGGUAUUUCCCAUGGCGAACAAAUCCAGUCCUGGAUGAAGUAUAUCUGGCAGUGGGAAGCAUGAGGAAACGGAACGAAAACAUGUGUGACUUGCUCAAGGCCUUCAUGACGGAAGGGUAUAGUGUUGACGAGCGUGUGUCCGCAUUCGCUGAUGAGGCGAGUGCUGAGGCAAAUGAAGAAGACAAGUCGCCGCAUCAGUUUUCUCCACUGCUCGUGAAUACCGCAGCAACUCCUACUGAGCAGCGCCCCGGAAACCUCCAGGCGGUUGAUGAGGUGGUCAACGAAACCGAAGUCGAGGAUACAAAGAAAAAAGAGAGUGGGUCCCCACCGGCGAUUCCCGUGCGUUCUAUUGCUAACCCGGAGAAAGCACCACGUUUUGGACACAAGAGGAAAGGAAGCCUUUACGUCUUGAAAGAAGGGAAUGCGGCAGCUAUCACGGAGUUGUUCAAGACAAAAUCCGGUGCCCAGCUUCGGCGCGAACUGGCGACUGCUGUUCAAGCUCUAAAAGAACUGACGGAUGCGGUUGUGAUGGAGUUGAAAAUUGUUGUCCCUACCACUGUUGAUCGAUUCAUGGCACGCCUAAGUGGCGCAAAGACGGACACGCAGAUCGAGCCGGAUUUGCCCGAUGUGGUCCACGAGAGAUGUCGUGACCAAGUGGAAACUGCGUUCAGUUACUUAACGCUGACGUUGGCCAACUGCCUGGUAGAACAUCGUAUGCAGUUCGAAGACAGUGUAGCGCGCAGACGCGCAGCUGCGUUCACGGUGAUGGCGACGAUCUACUACCUCGAUAUUCAGAAGCGCUCUCUUGAUACCAUCCACGAGUCACUUGUCGCUCGUCGAGGAAACAGUCCACAAGAGGGUUGGUGUUCGUGGUGCUGUAGACCAGGGAUGGAGACCCUUGGCAUUGACUAA